GCCAAACAUGUCUUGGAAGACGGCGGCCCUCGCGCUCGCCGGCCUGCUCGGCCGCGCCCUGGGCUCGCCCCUGAACGUGUCCCCAGCGACGCCGCUGCUCGCCCGGCAGUCGUCAUCAACCUUCUCAAACCCCGUCCUCUGGGAGGACCUCCCGGAUCUGGACGUGUUCCGGGUCGGCGACGUCUUCUACUACUCGAGUUCGACCUUCGCCUACAGCCCCGGCGCGCCCGUGCACAAGUCGUACGACCUGGUCAACUGGACGCCCGUGACGCACAGCGUGCCGCGCCUCGACUUUGAGAACCGCUACAACCUCAACUCGGCCACGGACCGGGCCUACGUUAAGGGCAUCUGGGCCAGCACGCUGCGGCACCGCAAGUCCAACGACGUCUUCUACUGGAUCGGUUGCGUCCAGAGCACGGGCAAGACGUACGUCUACACGUCGGCCGGCGGCGGCGCCAACUCCAACAACGGCGAGGUCUCGCGCUGGGACUGGAAGCGCGGCGGCACCAUCAACAAGUGCUACUACGACUGCGGCCUGCUCGUCGACGACGACGACACCAUGUACGUCGCCUACGGCAGCACCAACAUCCAGGUCGCGCAGCUGUCCAAGGACGGCUUCAGCGAGGUGCGGUCGCAGCAGGUCUACUCUCCCCCCGGCGGUGCCUACAUCGAGGGCUCGCACAUGUAUAAGAUCAACGGCUACUAUUGGAUCGUGCCGACAAAGGUCGCGUCGGGUGAGUGGGUGCUGCGGUCCCGGAGCCCCUGGGGCCCCUACGAGCAGCGCGUGCUGUUCGACAACGUGCCCGGCCCGCUCUCAAACGCCGGCUGGGCGCACCAGGGCGGCAUGGUCGAGACCAAGGACGGCAAGUGGCACUAUAUCGCCUUCCUCGACGCCUACCCGGGCGGCCGCAUCCCCGUCAUGGCGCCCCUGACCUGGUCGUCGGACGGCUGGCCCCAGCUGGUCAAGGACUCGUCGGGCCGCUGGGGCACCACGUACCCGAAGCCUGUGCAGACGUCCAGGACCGUGCCCGGCCCGGCGCGCCGCGACGACUUCACGGGCUCGGAGCUGUCGCCGCACUGGGAGUGGAACCACAACCCGGAUGACAGCAAGUGGCGCCUGCAGUCGGGCGGCGGCCUGGUGCUGCAGGCCGCCACCGUGACCGACGAUCUCUUUACGGCGCGCAACACGCUGACGCACCGCAUCCUGGGGCCCCGGUCCACGGCCACGUUCCGCCUCGACGUGUCGCAGAUGCGCGACGGCGACCGCGCCGGCGCCGCGCUGUUCCGCGACAAGGGCGCCUACAUCGGCGUGCACAAGUCCGGAUCGUCCGCCACCGUCGUCAUGGUCAACAGCGUCAACCUCGGCACCUCGAGCGCCGGCUGGCCAACCCAAUCCAAGGGCUCCGUUUCGGCCACGGGGCCCACGCUGUCCGGGGCCGAGGUCUGGCUGCGCGUCGCGGCAGACAUCACGCCCGCCUUUGGCCUGUCGCCCGUCCGCCAAGCCGUCUUCAGCUACAGCACCGACGGCAACACGUGGACCCGCCUGGGUGCGUCCACCAUGAUUAACGAGUAUAACUACUUCACCGGGUAUCGGUUCGCGGCCUUCAACUUCGCCACCAAGGCGCUCGGCGGGCAGGUUAUACUCAAGAGCUUCACGAGGGAAUUGUCCUGA